UUUUAACUUGUUUUAUACUUAGAAAGCAAAAAGCAUGAUUUAGAUGAGUGCAAAGAUUUACUUUUUUUUUUUUUUACCCUUACAGUUUUGUUUGGAAGAAAGCUUUCCAUCAGUAGUGCAAGAAGGGAAAAUGUAUGCAGCAACUCUGACAUUGCUUUCAGUGUACUUUUCCUCUGAACUCAUUCUUUGCAUUCCACCUGUUGGACUUCAACCUGAGCAAGUUCAUAUUUCCUACCCAGGAAUCCUAGGCUCCAUGAUGAUGACAUGGACAACUUUUAACAGGACUGACUCUGUGGUGGAAUAUAACUUGUGGGGUGCAAAGCUGUUUGAGCUUCAAGAAACAGGAAGCAGCACGCCCUUUGUAGAUGAUGGAACAGAAAAAAGAAAGCUCUACAUUCAUAGGGUCAUGCUCAAUGGCCUUAAAUCUGGGGCCACCUAUGUGUACCACUGUGGAGGUGAAGAUGGCUGGAGUGAUAUGUUUGCCUUCUCAGCCCUAAAGGAAGGUAGUGACUGGAGCCCUAGGUUUGCCAUUUUUGGUGAUCUAGGCAAUGAGAACCCCCAAUCCUUGAGUCGACUUCAGAAGGAAACACAACAGGGAAUGUACGAUGCUAUCCUUCACGUUGGUGAUUUUGCCUAUGAUAUGGAAGAGGACAAUGCAAGAAUUGGUGAUGAAUUCAUGAGACAGAUUGAAUCAAUUGCUGCUUAUGUUCCAUACAUGACCUGUCCAGGAAACCAUGAGCAAGCAUACAAUUUUUCCAACUAUAAGAAUCGUUUUAGUAUGCCUGGGGACACUGAAGGCCUUUGGUACAGCUGGAACAUCGGGCCUGCUCACAUCAUUUCCUUUUCCACUGAAGUAUACUUCUACGUAGAUUAUGGUGUGGACCUAAUAUUCAAACAGUACGAAUGGCUGAAGAAGGACCUAGAGGAGGCCAACAGACCACAAAAUCGGAAAAUAAGACCUUGGAUAAUCACCAUGGGACACAGACCAAUGUACUGCUCUAACAAUGAUGAGGAUGACUGCACCAAGUUUGAGAGCUUUGUACGACUGGGACGAAAUGAUACUAAAGCUCCAGCACCAGGUCUAGAGAAGCUGUUCUACGUUUAUGUAUUCCAUAUAUGGGUUUACUCCUCUUGCUUCAAGUCCGUCCAUCCAGUAUGCAAAAGUUUUCAGUCCCCAAUGGUGCGUGGGAUGUCUGAUGUGACUCAGGGAGCAUGGGCCAUAAAAGUAACGUCUGCAUGCACCAGCCCCCAGAACUUCUCAGCCAACAGUCGUACGCCAGAUGUUCCUGCUUUCGCUGCCGUCGCAGUUGAGAAAUCAGAUAAGUACCCCAUUGGGGAAUAUUUCAGUCCUUUGUUCUUUAUUUGUAUUGCCUGUUCAUGUUAUCCAGAAAGGGCAAAUGUAAAUACAGGCAGCAGAUUCCUCACAAGGAUGCCCACAAUCAGUGUCUCUUUUGUUUGGUACGGUUGCAUAACCACAAGACCUGUCCAACUUGUCAGAUGUUUGUACCUAAAACCUUGCGUAGUUGUCUGCAUGCUCUAAACUUUAUUUAGAAAACCAAAGGUUAAAGCAGAUUACAUUAGGGAUGGAGUUUUCAUCUGAUGUACCCACUGAACCACCAAAAUAGAAGGCCAAGACUACGUGGCCUAUCACUACCGCUGUGCCUCUAGCAUCCGACCCUCAGCCCAUGGCUAAUGUCAACCUAGUAGAGGAACCAGAAUCUGCUACAUUGGAUAUAGCAGGUACCUCUUCAGAAGCCGCCCAAUCCAGUGAAGAGGGCAUGUCCAUAGAGGCUUUACUGACAUCAGUUUUCGAAGCCAGGGGGAAACCAGUGACUUCAGUAGGUCUAUCAGAUACCUCCGGUCAUUUACAAACUCUAGAUUUCAGGCCUUCCCCUCUUCAGAUGCCAGCUACGCCCCUUAAAAAGGAAGAAAAAGGAAGCAACUUUCUUCUCCUUCU